AGGAAGGAUGCCCGUAAGCAAGAGCGUCAAGGACGCAAGCAGCGCAAGGCAGUUUUCUUCGCGGGACAUGGAACUCAAGCUAUUCAUGGCGUCAAGCGCGAUGCGGAGCAAGAACAUCCCGAGUCACCGAGGCGCAAGAAAGCCAAGGUAGCGCACCCUGGAUCAUCAGCUCCUAAAACAUCUGGGAGAGAUAAAGAUGGACAUUCAGCAGCACUAGCAGAUGGCUUAGGCACCAAGCCAAAAUUGGAGAAGAAAGCCACUUCCAAGCCGGAGAAGUUGGCGAAGCCCUCGAAUAAGGCAUCCUCGAAGACCAGAAGUACACCUUCUGUAUCUGCUAUGGUGCAUACGCGCGAAGAAGAGAAAGAAGACAAGUACAUAGCCUAUCUGGAAUCCAAGCUUGGCUGGAGGAAGGGCGGUAGAAGGACCAACAAUUACGGCAAAGGCGGAGACGAUGGACUAGAUGAUCUUUUACAGGACCUCGAAUCUAUGGAGAAAUCUGUAUUCUCGCAUUCAAAGGAUAUCAGUGAAACGGCCAGUGGAGGGAACGAUGCCGUAGACAGAGAAGGCCUCUCCGCCGAGCAGUCGGACGAGGACGAAGGAUGGGAUGGCAUAGGAGAUUCUGCGGGUGAUUUGCCAUUGCCUGAUGAGCAGAAUGAUUCUGUAUUAGACGAGUCACGUUACGUCCCACCCCACCUCCGUAAUCGAGAGGCGUCUGCACAUGGUGACACAGAAGCCCAAUUCAAGCUUACGAGACAGCUGAAAGGAUUGCUGAACCGGAUGAGCGAGCAGAACAUCGCUUCGAUCACAGAUGGUGUCGAAGAAAUCUAUCGAAAUCAUAGGAGGCAUGAUGUGACAUCAUCCAUUACGACGCUCAUCGUCGAGGGGAUAUCUGCACACUCUAUGUUACUGGACUCUUACGUCGUCCUGCACGCUGCCUUCGUAUCCGCUCUGCAUAAGCUCAUUGGAGUGGAGUUCGCCGCAUACUUCGUUCAGAAUGUCGUGGCCACCUAUGAGCGACAUUUUGCCGAUCUCAAAAAUGACCUGCAUACAACAAUCGCGCAACCUGACACUGAACAGUCUCAUGUCGCAGGCGAUACGUUGGGCAAGGAAUGCUCCAACUUGAUCAUUCUCCUCUCCGAGCUCUACAAUUUCCAGGUCAUAUCUUGUGUUCUGGUGUAUGACGUUAUUCGCGGGCUUCUCGACGGCGAGCUUACCGAGUUUCAAGUGGAAUUACUGCUCAAGAUUACCAGGAAUUCUGGCCCACAGCUACGACAAGAUGAUCCGACUGCAUUAAAAAGCAUCAUACAAAUGGUUCACUCCAAGUUGCCUAGUCAGGCGAAUGCAAUGAGCUCGCGCACUCGCUUCAUGGUGGAGACCCUCACGAAUUUGAAGAACAACAAGCUUAAGCGAAACGCCGGAGCAACGCCAGGAGGCGAAGCCGUUGAGCGCCUCAAGAAGUUCCUCGCGGGCUUGAGCAAGAAGCGUCACGUCCUAGCGCACGAGCCCCUUCGCGUCAGCCUGGAUGAUCUACAUUCUGCCGAGAGCAAGGGCAAGUGGUGGCUUGUCGGUGCCGCGUGGGGUGGCGAUCCCUUGGUCGAUCAUCAAGAGAGUCGACGGGAGGCUAUAGCCAAAGUAGAGGCAGAUGUGCUAAGCGAGAACGCUUUGCAGAAACUGGCGAGGAAGCAAGGGAUGAACACAGAGAUCCGCAGAGGCAUCUUUGUUGUACUCAUGAGCAGCGAGGAUUAUGUUGACGCGCAAGAACGGUUGUCGCAACUGAAACUUACAGAAGUACAGCAACGGGAGAUCAUCCGAGUGAUCCUGCACUGUUGUGGAAAUGAAAAGGCAUACAAUCCGUACUAUACCCUUGUCGGCCAGCAACUCUGCAGAAUGUCACAUUCGCAUAAGAUCACUCUGCAGUUUUGCCUAUGGGACUUCCUACGGGAUAUGGGUGAAACGAACGUCGGUGGAGCAGAAAUCAUCAAGAACCUUGGUGAAGACGCCGGCUUCGAUGUCAAGAGCAUCUCCUCGACAAGGAUAAAGAAUAUAGCUAGAGCGUAUGGCUGGUGGAUUGCAAAAGACUGCUGCACUCUCGCGAUACUGAAGCCGGUCGACUUUACCGUCCUGCAACCGCAGUCACGAACAUUCCUCAAAGAGCUCCUCACUCAAAUUUUCAUCAGCACGCAAGUCUCCACACCAUUGCUGAGCAGGAACCCGAAAGACCUCCCUAAGGGUCACAACAGAGGGCCUCUCGAGGAGGUAUUCAUGAAGGCCACGCGUGUACAAACUCUGGUGAUAGGUCUCGUAUAUUUCAUCGGUGACGUGUUCAAGGGGGACAUGAUCGAAGACGAUGGCUUCCUCAAAUGGGCAGCCCAGGUCGCAAGGGACACGUUGCGGACAGGAAUGGAUGUCGUUGCCGGCCUAUAAUAUCUGGAGCAUUCUGUCACAGCGUGAAUAGAGUUCAAUGGCGGAAGGGCAUUUUCCCUAUAUUGUCUUCUGGAAUGCUACGCUCGAAUACACGUUGCCGCUUUUGCCGCCAAA